AUGAUUUUCAUUCUAUUGACUACUACUCUUUCUACAACACGCUCACAACAAUUGCCAAAUAUAACUAAGGACAACAUUCGAUUUGAUUCACUCGUAUUUGUUAAAGAAGCUCGAGAAUAUUAUAUUAAAGAAUUAGAUGGUGAAUCAACAUCUCAAUGGGCAAUUGUUGAAUGUAUACCAGAUGAUCCGAAAAAAAAUACAUUACGUGCUCGAAUUUCACAUAACAAUAAGACAGCUGAUACUGUAUAUACAUUUAGUCCUGCUGAUAAAAUUCAACGAAUAGAUGUCGUUAACUAA